ACGCAUUUGUGCAUAACAUGUCCUCUCAGACAGAUCCACAUUUAAAAUGCCUUUGCAUCCUUUUUACGUGCCACGCUUCCCACACCCCGACUCCCAGGAAACAGACGCGAGGAGGUGCGCGUUGUUUGACUCGUUCCUAUUGUAACCAGCGGGACUCUGAAACAAAUAGGAACACCCAGGAGCAGACAGAUUAAUCCCGAAUCAGCUAACAGCAGCAGCACGCCUCCUGUCCCCGGACUGCCCUCAUGGAUCCCGGAGGAAGUGAGCUGGACUCGAGCCUGCCUCAGCCCGAGAACCCGUGCCUGAUUGUGGAGGACUCUCAGCCGGACAGCGUUGCUCUGGAGGACGACCCAGAGACCAGCUACCGAGCGCUGCUGGCCCGCCGCUUGUCCAGCCUGCAGCCCACCGCCCGCAGCCCGGUCCUGGAGCUGAUCUCGUCACCACUAGGAAGCAGAUUCUCCCAGAGUGACAGCCAAUCAGAGAACAACAGCCAGGCUGAACCAGACACUGUAGCAGUGGCUGACCCGCAGCCAGAGGAGAGUCAAGUUCUGAACAUCUUCCCUCCAACACACAAGAAAACGUUUGCAGGUGAGGACUCUGAGAUGGAUCCUGGAGCUGAUUCUACAACAAACUGCACUCAGGCUGAAGGGGGGUCUUCUCAGUUUGGUUUUCUGGAGCUCUCUCAGAGUCAGGACCUUCAGACUAAUGAAAACACAGACAGGAGAAGAACAUCGGCAGAUCAGAACAUCAGCUCCAGAACUUCAGAGAGUCAGGACCACAAAGCAGCAAGGUCUGAGGUGAGCUCAAGCAGCUCAUCUGAGUGUCCGGCUCAGUCAGGCCACCAAAUCAAUGUCCAGGUUCUGCUGCACUCCCAGAACCUGCAGGCCUCAGCCGAGCAGGACCAUCAGGACUGUGAGGUCCUGUCCUCACAAGAGGAUCUGUUUGCUGCUGAUAAAUCAGCUGCAGCAGUCGACAGCACCGUAUCCGAGCCAGAGCAGCGAGGUCUCCCCACCCCGACACCCGGCCAAACCCUCCAUCUGCUCCAUCUGUCUGGACAGGGAACACUGGUGCAGCAAAGUCUGUCCCAGACCUCCGUUGAUUUCGUCGCCCCCACCCCAGAACACUUCUCCCACACUCCUUUAAUCAUUCCCAGCUCACCAACCGAAGCAGAAAAUGAAGGCGAUGAACCGAUGGACACGUCACUCCCCCCUCAAGACCGAGCUGGUGAAAAGGAAGAGCCAAUGGAAACCGAGGCCGAGUUGAAGCCACGCCCAUCAGUCUCUACCCCCUCAUCCCAGAACUCAUCCAUCUUGGCUCUGGGGCCAACUCUCCCUCUACCCUCCCAGCCAGAGUUCUCUCAUGACGCCUUCGUCCCAACACAGAGCCAGGAGGCACCUCAACAGUCGUGUAAGAAGUCUGCAUCCUCUCCUCGCGAGCCACAGUCUCAGCACCAGGAGUCAGCUCGGUCCUCCUCGCCUCUGCAGCUCUCCGUGAACACGGAGAGCUGCGAUCCACGUCCAAACACCCCCGAUCAGGUUGAGGACGACAGUCAGGCCACGCAGAUAGAGGAGCUGGGAGAUCUGCUGGGUGUGGACACCGGCGACUCUCUGCCUUUACGUCAGUGUCAGAAAACUGAAGGUCACCUCGUUCUGUUAGAGCCACAAACCUCCACGACCUCCAAGGCUUCCAUCCCUGCUGAGUCGGCGCAGCAUCACAGCAGGACCGUUCCGCCGCUGCAGUCUGAUGGACACAAAUGCGCAGGAGCCUCUCUGAAUGAACAGAAUGUAAAAGAUGUGAACUCCAGUGACCAGACUGAGUUAAAGCUGGACUCCUCUGAUGUGACUGUUAACAGCUGUGUGCCGGAGACGCCUUCCAUCACUGCGUCCUGCAGUUUGCCUUCACAGACGUCUGCUGUCAGCUCCGUGGCUAAGUGGCAGGAAGUGGUGAGCAGCAUCCCAAAGGAUAAGGACAGGAUGAAUGAAGGAGAGCAGGGCGAUGAGGAGGAAGAGGUGGUGAUGGAGGCGGAGAACACCAGUGGCGUUUCAGGAAUUGCUCUGGUCCUCUCCCAGAGCCAGAUGUUGUCCCCUGAACCCAUGGAGGACGAGGAGAGUCAAGAUCAGCAUCAGUACGGCGUCAUCAUUGUAACGGACAGCGAGAGGUCAAAGGCUGACAUCUCCCAGCCGGUCAGAGACGAGCUGUCAGUCUCUGCUAAUGGCCACCAGUCACAGAGUCAGAAAGAAGUGGAUGCUGCUGCUGGGUUUUCCCAGAUGGAAAAUGUUGAUCGUGAACCAGAAGGAGUCAAAGACAAGAGUCUGAGCGAUAGUUCAGGAGACAUUUCCUUCCACUUCACUCUUCCCAAAGAAGGGGAGCUGAUUGGUCCUGCUGGAGCCACGCCGCCUCUGAUCAACCAGCUGAAGCAGACUCUAAGACACAGCACCCCCAUUGAGAUCGCCCCCUUUUCUGAAAGGACGGAUGUGGUGAGUGCUGCCAGCGACGGAGCGCUGGUGGAAAAUGAAGAGGAUGCAGCUGAGAAGGGAGAUGGGAGGCUGAGUUUGAGGAUGAAGCUGGUGACCCCCGUGGAGGAGGGCAGCUCAGAGCGCUUCAGUCUCCAGAAGCCUACUCUGGAGGAUGGAGCCGUCGCCAUGGUUACCACCGUUUCAACAGCUGUAUCCAGCAGCCCGUCUGUGUUCACGCGGGUCCGACAGGUGCACCGACAGCAGGAGGCGGAGGAGGACCACCAGCCUGCAUGCAUCACCUCACCUGUCAGAGGGAAGCUGUUCUCCUUUCCGCUGAGAAGCUCUCAGACAUCAUCUCUGGGGUGCAGCAGUCUCCCGAACAGCCAAUCAGAACAACAGGAUGCGCUACCAGAGCCACAGGAGAACCUUAAAGGUUCCGCUGUCUCCAUUGAGUCGUCUGAGGAGAGACGAGGACACUCUCGAGCUCCACCUCCUCCUCCUCUGAACAACGCGGAUGUUGGACCGAAGUCCCAUCAGACGCCCAACAACGACACCACCUCCACUCCACCCAGCAAGCUCCGGCAGCGGACCGUAUCCCAGCAGACCAGCCUCGACGGUCCGGGCCUGCGCUCGCCUCCCGGCCGGGGUGAUCCAGAAUCGCCGUCAUUCAGAAGAGCCGCCCCCUCGGCCCACCGCAGACAUGUGCGCACCACUCAGGAGGUGCGGACCACCGUCACACGGAUCAUCACAGACGUGUAUUAUGAGGAUGGCAAAGAGGUGGACCGCAGAGUCACCGAGGAGAGUGAAGAGCCUGUGGUGGAUUUCCAGGUCCUGGACAGCGACAUCUCUCCGUGCCGCACAGGUAGCUGCUCUCUGACCUCUGGUGACCUGGGUGACAUCAGCUCCCUGUCGUCCAAAGCUUCCAGCCUCCAUCAGAGCUCCGGAGGAACCAGCGGCAGCACCGGAAACCCCAGACCUGACUUCCUUAUGCCCUCGAGCAGAGGAGCCAAAUCCAGCAGUCCCAGGAGGGGAGGUGGGCAUCAACAGAGGGGUCACAGGGGUCACAGGGCAGGGUCAGUGGUCACACUGGGCAGAGGCAGCAGCACCUUUGGGUCCCGGGCCUUCGUCCCGCUGACACCCAGAGGAAGGGCUAGAAGGGGCCGGCCCCCGUCCCGCUCUUCCCUGUCCAGGGGGGUUGGUAUUGGCUCGCUGCAGAGACUUGACGCUCAGAGCCGGACACAGACCUCCUCGGAGGACGAGCCUUACUCCCACAUGCUGCCUCCACGCCUCCCCGCCAGCCCCACAGACCCCGAGCCGUCCAGCCGCUCGGAUUCCCUCAGGUCGUCGCCGGACGAGACGAGCUCAGCUGGGAGCAGCUUCGUCGGCCUGCGGGUGGUCGCCAAGUGGUCGUCUAAUGGCUACUUCUACUCAGGCCGCAUCAUAAAAGACGCCGGCGAAGGGAGUUUCCGCCUUCGGUUCGACGACGGCUAUGAGUGUGAGGUGGCCGGGAAGGAUAUCCUUCUGUGUGACCCCAUCCCCCUGGAGACGGAGGUCACUGCCCUGCUGGAAGACGAGUACUUCAGCAUAGGUGUUAUUAAAGGCCAUAAGACAGAAGGUCAGGAUCUGUUCUACAACGUGGAGAAGGACGGCCAGAGGCAGUGGUACAACCGGACGGCGGUCAUCCUGUCUCUGGAGCAGGGGAACAAGCUGAGGGAGCAGCACAGCCUCGGGCCCUACGAGCCCUCCGCUCCACUGGCCAAAGCCUCCGACAUCAGUCUGGAUAACCUGGUGGAGGGGAAGAGGAGGCGCAGAGGCACCCCCAGCGGUCAGAACACACCCAACCGCAGCUCCUCCAGCAGCCCCCGGACCCCCGGCCCCUCUGGCAAAAGGAAGCUGAUGUCCUCUGAGGAAACCCGGACGCCCUCUAAGCGAGGGCGCAGAGGGGGAGGAGCCAGAGCUGCUCAGCGGGUGGGUGUGUGCAACACCUCCGGCAGCGGCACAGAUCUGGCUGAUCGGCCGUGUGACAUAAGCGAGUCACAUGGCCCGCUGCCUCAGAACGCGUCUCUGUUCAUGGGCUUCGCCUUCAUGCUGACGGCCUCGUCAGAGAGCGACCGUGUUUCCAACAAGACCAGCACCAGCGACGAGGAGGAGGAUUAUGUGCAGACAGGACCGUACAACAAAGCCUACACGGAGUCCCAGCUGCAGGCAGGUGGAGGCUUCAUCCUGCCCGACUUCAACGAGGAACAGUGUAAAGCUGCGUACCAGAGCCUGCUGAUUGCGGACCAACACUGCCGUACCAGGAAGUACCUGCUGUGCCUGGCCAGCGGCGUGCCGUGUGUGUCUCAUAUUUGGGUGAGAGACUGCUGCAAAGAGAACAAGCUGCUGAACUACAGGAAUUACCUGCUGCCCGCUGGCGUGGGGCCGAAUGAUGCUAUAAUGGAGUGGCAUCCUCGAUCCAGCCCGUUCAAGGCGCUGCGGGUCCUCCUGGUGUUUGAGAAGACAGCGGAGCUCUGGGCCCAGCUGAUGACGAUGGGCGGAGCUUCUUCUGUCCGACACUUCCAGCCAAACAAGGACAGCUCAGACAUUCCUGCUGGAAAGUACGACGUGGUGGUGACAGACCAGGCCUGUCCACCGCAGGUGGAGAAAAAAGUGACUUCACAGGAAGUCCCGCUGGUGUCUCCUGAGUGGCUGAUCCAGAGUCUGAUCUGCGGGGAGUGCCUCGGUUUCCACAGCCAGCCUCAGUUCCACCACGACCACUCCUCCUCCUCCUCCACCUCCUCCUCCUCAUAAUCCGAUUCCAACUUGUUGACAUGCCUUCGACCAAGCUCAGUGUUCAGCAUUAGUUCUGUUGCAUGCCUCUGCUGUAUAUAACCUGUCUGUUUUUAUGGAUAAUAAAUUGUGACUUGUUUCAUUUAAA